AUGGGGCACCUUGACGAUCUUGCGGAUUGCGACGAGGGCUAUUGGAGGAAGCGGCUAUCCUUCCUUGACAUUUCUACUCGCAAAUUCAUUGUUCCAUCACAGGUGCUUCUGUUGAUCCUCGUCGGUCUCAACUUCUUCACGGGCCUCACCUCGGGCCACUUCUCGCUGGUGCCCUUCUUCCCGCUGAUGUUCCUGUGGCUGGUCCUCUACGUCGGCCACAUUGGCGCGCACAAGCGUCGCGCGUCGUUCUUGCACGCCUACUUCAUUCUGAACGUGCUCAUCAUCUGCUUCGUCCUCGCCACGUUCAUCAUGUUCCCGGCUGUCCUGGGCACCAUCCUGUGCGCGCUCGAUGGCGGCUACGGCGGCGGUUGCUCGUGGGGUGAGGCCAAGGCCAUCGCCCACCUCACCUUCAUCGGCUUCCUCUUCGCCUUCAUCCCUUGCUUUCCCGCGGCCAUGGGCGCCAUCUACGCGCUGCGGGCGAGAAACGAAUUGCUGAUGGCCGAGCUGCGCGCUUCGGUCGAGGCCGAGCUGGGCGUGAGGCUCGACGGCCGCAGCUCGUCGGCGGACCACCAGGAGCACCUGGGCCUCCUCCACGCCCGGCCCGUCGCGCCCUCCCCGCAGCAGCAGCGCUACUACUACUCGUGCGACUACCGCCCCGUGGUCUACAUGCCCAACCCGCCCUCCUUCUCCUCGAACGGCGGUGGCUACUCUGGCUCGCAGCCGCAGCCGCAGCCGGUGCCCUACCAGCACGGCCAGCCGGUGCAGUUCCCGGCGCCCCCGCCCACGGGCUACUACUACUAUCCGCCGCCGCCGCCGCGCAGCGCGGGCGCGCCCUCGCCUCCUGCCGCUCCCGCACAGCAGAGCGCCCCGGCCGGCACGCCUCCGUCGGUCCCGCAGACGUCUGACGGCAAGCAGUGA